GUCCUCAGCGUCCUCUGCUGGCUGCUGCGAGGCCAGAACCACGCCGCUCCCCCGGCGAAGCGGGCACCGCGGCAGCCGCCGCGACUCCUCCCUCGUCAGGCGCCCGGCUCCGCCCUGCGGCCGGGCGCGGCGGCGGCCGCGGCGCGCGGGCGGGGCAGCGGCUCCGCCGUGUGGUCGCCAGGGCGGCCGGAGCUGGGCUCGGAGGUGCUGGGCUCGGAGGUCUGUUCGGUUGCAGCCCGUGGGGGCCCAGCAUGUCCUCGGAGCUUCGUCGCGAGAGCGCCGCAGCGGCGGGCAGAGGCACGGGGACCAUGACCAGGGGCUCUGGGCCCCGCCGUGGCCACGUGCCCUCCGUGUCCGCCCCCGCCGCGGCCGCGCGCGCCGCGGCCGUGCGCGCCUUGGCCGCGCCCGCCGCGGCCGUGCUCGCCGCGGGCGCGCGCGAGCGCCGCGGCCGUGCACGCGCCGCGGCCGUGCCCGCGCCGCGGCCGUGCCCGCGCCGCGGCCGUGCCCGCGCCGCGGCCGUGCCCGCAGGGGCCGUGCCCGCCGUGGCCGUGCCCGCCGAGGCCAUGGCGCUUCCUUGGUCGCCGACGUCGGUGCCGAGCACGGCGCCCGCUUCAGCUCCCGGGGGGCGGGCAGGGGUCAUCCGUGCAGCGGCGCCUGGUGGUGUGGUCGCCCUUGUUCUGGGAGUGCCCGAGGGGUGCGCAACGCGGGAUGGCCUGGCAGAUGUUGCAGGCCUGGAGCUUGCCUGCGAAGGCUUGCUCCUCACGGUGGAGGUCGUGCCCGUGGACCGCCAGAAGCUGCACGCGAAGCUCCUGCGGCUCCAGCCGGGCAGCCGGGUGAACCACUUUCCAGGCAUGACCGACCUGUGCGAGAAGGUCACCUUCUGCCGCGUUCUGCGCCAGGCCGCGCCGCUCUGCCCCCGCCUCCGCGGCUUCGCGCCGGACACGUGGCUGCUGCCCGAGGAGCUCCCCACCGUGCUGGAAAAGCUUGACGAGAUUGCCAAGGCUGGCAAAGGGUGCUGGGGGGCUGGGCAGUCGGCGGCGAGAGAGCAGCCGGCGUGCAUGAGGCGGGCUGGGGCCGAGGCACUUACCGCCUGGGACUUCGAGGGCGUGCUCGAGGAGAUCGCGGGCGUGGGUCUGAGGCAGGCCCGCUGCGGCGGGGUUGCCGGUGUCCUCGCUCAGCGCACGUUUGGGUUCCGGUUCGGGGGGCCUUCGGCGCAGAGGACCCUGGAUUCGGACGCAGAGGGCGAGUGGGGCCGCUGGCGUGAGCCGUGCGUGACGGAGAUGCUGCAGCACGCGCGCUUCAGUGGCGUCAGAGCUGCCACGGGCCUCGCGACCGCGAAGCUGGCGGCGGAGAGCUGCGCCCGCGCGCGGCGACGACGGGCUGACAUCCGUCGCAGAUGCCUGGCAGGGGUUAAGUCGCUUAGCGAGGGGCAGAGGCGCGUCGUGAUGCACAACGGUGAGCACAGAGCGCCGAGGAGGUGGAUCAACGCCCUGCAGCGGCAGGUCCUCAGCGAGGCGGGCGGCGUCGAGGACCCGCGCCCGAUGGAGGCGAGCGCUGCGAGGCGACUCAGGCAGCACCUGAUCACGGACGGCCACCGAGGUGGGCAGCUGGGGCCUGGUGGUGGCGCUGGGGCGGGCGCUGCAGAGGCCAUGGCCACGCCCGCGCUGGGGCCGGCCAUGGCGCUAGCGGCAGCCGCGGCAGCGGCCGUGCUGGCCGACGGGGGGCGCGGCGAGCAGGGGCCCGAAGCGCCGCGCCAGCGACCGCCCGUCAGCGAAGCCCGCUUCCAAGGCUCGGCGCGGUGGCUGCCCGCGUCGGAGCCCGCGGAGCCGAGGCGACGGCGCGGCCUGCAGGGGGCCCGAGGCCCGAGGGCGCGGCGGGCGCCGUUGGAGCGGAGGAGGUGCCCGGCCAUCGCAGGCGACGGCAGCGCGAGGAUGAGCCUGGAGAGUGCGUUGGCAGGGGCGGGCGGCCGCGGCGCCGCGGCUGGGGGCUGGCGCGGGCUGCUCGUCUGCGCGCGCGGCGCGGCGGCUGGCGCGCGCUGCCGGGGCGGGGGGCGGAGGGUGGGGGACGUGUCGCGCGUGUCUCGCGAGCUCUUGGCCGAGGUCGCCUCGGCGGCCGCGGAUCAAGAGGGUGCUGCGACUCCCGAGCGCGGCCAUCAGCUGGUUGCUAGGUUCGAACACACGGCCCUGGCCGACUGCCCAGGGGCGCCGCCGCCCGCGUCUGAGCGCAGCCCUGCCGAGUGA